AUGGAUCCAAAUAACCAAACUGAAGUGAAGGUCUUCAUCCUUGGGGGGCUGCCAAACACAGCAGAACUCCCUCUUCUCUUCUUCUUCCUCUUCUUGGUCAUCUACUUGCUGACCAUUCUGGGGAACCUCCUCAUCCUGGUCACCAUCUUGCUUGAACCCCAGCUGCAUGGUCUUCCCAUGUAUUUUUUCCUCUGCAAUCUCUCCUUCCUAGACAUCUGUCUCUCCUCCGUCACUGUGCCCAAAAUCUUGGCAGGCUUCAUAAUGUUGAGCUACAGGACCAUCUCCUUUGGAGGCUGUGCCAUCCAGCUCUAUGCCUUCCACUUCAUUGGAAGCACCGAGUGUUUCCUCUACACUGUCAUGGCUUAUGACCGCUACCUUGCCAUUUGCCGCCCGUUGAACUACGCCACACUAAUGAACCGCAGAAUCUGCUCUGGGCUUGCGGCCGGGACCUGGUUCGCUGGUUCAUUUCAUGCUGCGAUCCACACCAGCCUCACUUUUCGUCUGCCCUACUGCGGUCCAAACCGAGUCGACUACUUCUUUUGUGAUAUACCACCAGUGGUGAAGCUAGCCUGUGCUGACACGGUGGUGAACCAUACCGUCACAGUGGUCAACAAUGGGGUUGUGGCUUCCGGCUGCUUUGCGCUCAUAUGUAUCUCCUACGCCUACAUUGCUUCUGCCAUUUUGAAAAUCAAAACGACAGAGGGAAGGCGCCGGGCCUUCUCAACUUGCAGUGCUCACCUUAUCUUGGUGCUAUUAUACUUCGGGCCUCCAGUCUUUAUAUACACGCACCCAUCUUCAAGCGACGCCACCUAUGGGACAGUGGCUGUGUUCUACACCAUCAUCACUCCCAUGUUGAACCCAUUCAUAUACACAAUGAGGAACAAGGAGGUCCAAAGGGCACUGAGGAAGUUGUCUGGUAGGCAUAUAGCUUCUCAGGAUAGAUAG